AUGCCUUCCCUUGCGUCCGCUCGGUACGGCAAGGACAAUGUCCGUGUCUUCAAAGUCGACCGCGACGAGAAGACGGGCGUCCAGACCGUGACUGAGAUGACGGUGUGCUGUCUGCUAGAAGGCGAGAUCGAGACAUCAUAUACCAAGGCCGACAACAGUGUGGUCGUUGCGACCGAUUCAAUCAAGAACACCAUCUACAUCAAGGCCAAGGAGCACCCCGUCAACCCGCCCGAGCUGUACGCCAGCUACCUCGGCCAGCACUUCCUCGAUACGUACCCGCACAUCAGCACCGCCAACAUCGACGUGACCGUGCACCGUUGGACACGCUUGGCUGUCGACGGUGCUCCGCACCCCCAUAGCUUUAUCCGCGACGGCGAGGAGACACGCAACGUGGAAGCCACCAUCUCCCGUACCGGCGGCCUCGCCCUGCGCAGCAGCAUCCGCAAGUUGACCGUUCUCAAGAGCACAGGGUCCGCCUUCCACGGCUUCGUGCGCGACGAGUUCACCUUGUUACCCGAGACCUGGGACCGCAUUCUGUCCACCGACGUCGACAGCACCUGGGCGUGGCGGGCGUUUAAGACGCUGGCGGACGUUGAGAAGGCCGCUGCCGACAAGCGGUUCGACGAUGCAUGGGAAGCCGCGCGCAGUAUCAUCAUCAAGACAUUUUCCACCGAUGAGAGCGCGUCGGUACAGAACACCAUGUACAAGAUGUGCGAGCAAAUCCUUGAGGUAGUACCCGAGGUUGAUACAGCUGGUUUUACGUUGCCGAAUAAGCACUACUUCGAGCUAGACCUGAGCUGGCACAAGGGUAUCAAGAACACGGGCAAGGACGCCGAGGUGUACGUCCCGCAGUCUGGACCCAACGGCCUCAUCAAGUGCGAGGUCUCUCGCGACACUGCCACCCUGGCACAUCGGUAA